AUGGCACAGGAGCUAAAUUGUGCCGGCCUGCUGCCUUACGUUUGCUCGGUGCAAGCAUCCGAGGUGCGUGAGUUCAUACUCAGGGAUUCGGACUCGAAGAUUCUCGCUGGGGACCUGCUGUGGCAAAUGGAUGAAAUGUGUUUUGUGGUGCUGAUAGGAAUAGGCAUCACAAUUGUUUGGAUGCUGUGCCUUCGCUUCUGGAUGAGCAUCUACUCUUGGCUGGUGAUGAUGGCGUCGGCUGUCAGCACGCUAGCCUUCACAAUCACACUUUGGUUGGCCUGGGGCAAUGACAUCACACUAUAUAGGCGCUCGCCUGGUGACGUGAUGGAGCUGUCCAAACACAAUGAACGCAGUAACCUGUGGAUCGUGGUAUUGGUGCUACUCACGAUACUCACGAUCGUCACACUGCUCAUGAUUGCCGCCGUUCUCAAGAAAGUCACGAUGAUUGUGGGUGUGUUAGAAGAAGCCGGAAGAGCCCUUGGUGACGUGCCUUCUCUUUUCGGCCAAGCUAUCAUGGCAGCCGGAGGAAUUGUUGUAAUCGCUGGGUUCUGGCUUCUUGGUCUCAUCGCCAUGCUGUCGGUUGUGCAUCCAUUCAUUGACGACGCACAGCAGCGGACCGUUGGUUUUCAUACAGACGGCUUUUUUCUGGCCAUGUGCCCGCCAUAUGUAUUAUUAUUCCUCUGGCUGGCCAACAUCAUCCUGAGCUGCCAGCACUUCGUCGUAGCUAGCACCAUAGCCGCCUGGUACUUUACAAGGCACAAGACGCACAUGAGCGCGCCGGUGAUGAGGAGCAUGCAGCUCCUGGUAGGCUACCACCUGGGCUCGAUCAUCUACGGCUCGCUGGCACUCGUCGUCGCGGAUCCCCUGAGGGCGAUCAUCUCUGGCACACGUCUCGUCUGGCAUGAUAAUACUCAGGCGGGGGCGUCAGCCACCAGGCUUGUGAGGCCGUGUUGUAGCUGCCUCGACCGAUUUUUGAUGCACCUCAACCGCAAGGCCUACAUUGUCAUGGCGAUGCAUGGCUUGAGCUUCCGUACCAGCGGUCGGAGGGUGCUACGGCUACUAGACCGUCAUUGCCAGCAGGUGGCGAAACUCGACACCGUCUCUGGGUUCGUGCUCUUCCUAGCCAAAUUCAACGUUGCACUGCUGGCAGUGUUUAGCGGACUCUGGAUCAUUAAGGAAAACCAGACGACGGUGUAUGUGUGGGCUCCUUUGAUUGCAGCUGGCUGCGUAGCAUACUAUAUAGCUGAUUCCUGCAUAUCGCUUUAUGAGGUGGCGGUGGAUACGCUGUUCCUCUGCUUCAGCGAGGACUGUGAGAAAAACAAUGGAGUGACAAAACCAUAUUUUGUCACAGAUUCUUUGAGGGCCUUCAUGCAUGACAGCAAGAACGAACUUCCGGACAUUGGAAGCACGAGAGUGACGUCAUAGGACUAUGGUACACGCUCACAUGGAUCAAUGCACAGAGUGUAAAAAAAAGACAUAUUUUUAUUAAAGUGCCACGCAUUG